CCAAUGUAUCCACAUAACAUUCCGCCCGUCACCGUCAACGGCCAACACUCGGAUAUAUUUGAUGCGCUCUUCAAUUCUUCAAAUUUUCUAAUACUCGCACGUCCCUAAUUUACAGCGUCGUGAUGAAACCUAGGAUAGCAUAGUCCCAAAACUUAAGCUCCAUCUGCAACAUGCGGACGCAACGAACUUUCGUCUCUGUGUCCGAAUUAUAGAUAUAAGUAUGCUGCCGUACGCAUGUAACUGUUGAACUUCGGCACACGCACACUCGCUUAGGAGACUCUAAAUACCCUUUCAUCUGUCACUCUUUCGCUAUGGAUCACUCUCAGACUCCCGACCGUGCUGGAAACUCUCAUUCUCAGGCCCAGGGUGGCUCCUCCCUGGCUCUCAAUUCUGGCCCUGGACCUACGAUCGCAGCCCCAGUCCCAAUAAUCAGUCAAGAGAGGAAUCCCUCGACAUACACUUCCAUCAGACACAGCUCACCUCUAUCCGACCCGGGCGACGCGCCUACUGGCAGAUCGGACACGUCGUACGCGCCUCUCCACAGCAGCCUCUCGAACAACCCCUUGCCUCCCCUGCCAGCUCAAGACUCGAUCUCACCUGGGCGGAGGGCCUCACGAAGAUCCGACAUUGACUGGAUCAUCCCCGUCGACACCAGGUCGGAAAAACCUCCACGUCUUAAAACAGUAGGCGAGCGUUUACAGCCCACCCUGAGCACUGCGGAAACGUCGAGGGAAAAGUACCUUUUGAAAGCGAGGAUGUCAGGUUAUGCGCUUAACAUCGCGAUAGGUCUGCAGGUCCUAUUGGGUGCACUUACGACGGGGCUAUCGGCUGCGACGUCCGGGAAACAGACCUCGAUCGCUAUAUCAAUCAUUGGAGGUAUCUCAACCAUGGUAGCGUCUUACCUCGCUCGAGCUCGCGGUUCCAACGAGCCUGAACUAUCGAUAACACGCGUGAAAGAUCUCGAGCAGUUCAUCCGAGAGUGUCAGGCAUUUCAAAUGGACCACGGGCACAAUACCGGACACGAGUUUGAUUCGCAACUGGAGAAUUUCAGGCGACGAUUUGAGGAGCUACUGGGGAAUGCGAAUGGGGAGCGAAAACUGUCACCACCGGUAUGAAGAUACCCGUUGUAAUUUAUUUGGGCUGUACAAUCAUAGUGUAAUACCAUCACUAAUGCUUGGCAAGAAAAUCUAUGAAGAUCUGAUCUGCACGCUA